ACACACUUUAAAGGUCCGGCCUCCUGCAUGCACCCCUCUCUCUCUUUAUAUACAACCCCCCACUCUGAUUUUGUUUGAAAAUCCCAACCAAAUAUCCUCUAAACUUCCCUCCCCACAGAGAUAAUGCCCAGAAAAGGGGUGACAAGUUUUUGCUUUUCCCCGAAACCGUCUUCCUCUACCCAUUCUCUUCCACGUUUCGCGUUUUCGCCGUCUCAGCCCAGCUUAUCUGAGACGGUGAUGGAUCGGACUCUUGCUACGGUUGAGUCCACAAUCAUGAAAUGGGAUCCUCAAACCACAACCGUCGGCCGAAUCACUUCUCUCUUCCACCACAACCGGAGAGAGGCCAGGGACUUCAUUCAAGCCGUCAACAGGUUGCAGAAGGCUAUGCAUUUGCUGCUUACGGAUAACUCCACCUCUUGUAAAUUAGCCCGCGCCAAAAGUUUGAUGCAAAUCGCUAUGAAAAGACUCGAGAAAGAGUUCUACCAGAUUCUGUCCAUGAACCGGGCCCAGCUCGAUCCGGAAUCGGUCUCCACUCGGUCGUUGCGCACCUCCAGUACAUCCGACUUCGAGGAGGAGGAUGACGAUUGCGUCAGAGUAGGGAACGAGAUGAUUUCUGAAAUUGAGGACGCUUCAACUCUUGCAAUGGAGGAUUUGAGAUUGAUCGCUGAAUGCAUGGUUUCUUCUGGUCACGCCAAAGAAUGUACGCAAGUAUACAAAAUCAUUCGGAAAUCGAUUGUUGACGAAGGCAUUUACAGGCUUGGAGUGGAGAAAUAUACCUCUUCGCAGAUUCAUAAGAUGGAUUGGCAAGCUCUGGAGUUGAGAAUUCAGAGUUGGCGUAAUGCCGUGAGAAUUGCAGUGAAGACUCUCUUCAAUGGAGAGAGAAUUCUCUGCGAUCACGUCUUCGCGAGUUCCGAUUCGAACAGAGAGUCGUGCUUUACGGAAAUAACGAAAGAAGGAGCCAUGAUUCUGUUUGGCUUUCCCGAAAACGUGGCCAAAAACAGCAAAAGAUCGGCGGACAAAGUUUUCCGACUACUAGACAUGUACACCGGGAUCUCCGAUCACUGGCUGGAGAUUGACUCCAUUUUCUCCUUCCAGUCAACGAUCACCAUCAAAUCGCAGGCGCUGACUUCGCUCAUCAAGCUCGGGGCGUUCGUAAAAGCUGCAUUAAAUGACUUCGAAUCGGCUGUUCUGAAAGAUUCCACGAAAUCGCCGGUCCUCGGCGGCGGAAUUCAUCAUCUGACAACCGAGGUGAUGACUUAUCUCUCAAUUCUUGCCGAUUACAGCAACAUUUUGUCAGACAUCUUAGCCGAUUCCCCUCCACCUGCGAAGCACUCAUUCCCGUACUCUUACUUCGGGUUUCCAGAUUCCGAUGAAUCUCCAGCGCCGCCUGUUUCCCUCAAAAUGGCGUGGCUGAUAUUGGCUCUCCUCUGCAAACUCGACGCAAAAGCCAAAUGCUACAACGAUGUGUCUCUAAGUUACCUUUUCCUCGCCAACAAUCUCCAAUACGUCGUCGCCAAGGUUCGGGCCUCAAAUCUGGAAUAUCUCCUGGGCGAUGAAUGGCUCACGAAGCACGAAUCUACGGUCAAACAGUUCGCGGCAAACUACGAACGACAUGGAUGGGGCGACGUCAUCGACUCUAUUCCUUCUAAUCUCACGGCUGCAGAUACCCCAGAAAAGAUCAAGGAAACCUUCAAGAAAUUUAAUACGUCAUUCAACCAGGCGUACAAAAAGCAGUCUCUGUGCGUCGUACCACAUAGAAAGCUCCGAGAUGAUAUAAAGGCUUCUAUCGCAAGAAAGAUAGAACCAUUAUAUCGCGAAUUUUAUAGUUCACACCGUCUAAGGAUGCAAAGAGCGAGAAAUUCGGUAUCUGUUGUCAGAUUUGCCCCUGAGGAUGUGGGACAUCAUAUCUCAGUUAUGUUUUUCGGAACUGAGGAGUGAGGGGGUGAUUCGUCAUUUCAAUUGUCCCCGCCCCGCUCAUACUCUCAUUGGACUAGCGUAGAACAAGACAUACGUGCAAAUGUAUUCAUUUUAAGAAUGUAUU